UGAUGCAUAUUGAUUUUGUGGCACCUCUGCUGACAAGACUCUGAAUGGUUGAUAUGAUUGGUCAAUCCGAAGCCACAUAAGAUCCAUAUGCGUCACCUCGGCCUCCUACUGCCCCGUCCACCAAUGUCCUUUCUUACGAACCAAAACUUCAUAAACAUUAACGCCUGAACUGAACUGAACCUACCCAACCAAGACCAACCAUAUUCAACUUUACCUCAGCCAAAUACUCAUAGUUCUUAUAUCCAUACUCUCUUCCUCUGUGUCUUUCUUAUAGAUCUGAGACCUCGUGACCAAGUCUCUAAUUCAAAUAAAGUCAACAAUGAACUCCGGAAUGACUAUUAUGAUGCUGUUGGUGUUUUCUUGCUUGACCACACUUUUUGUUGUGCUGCCUCAAGCUGAGGCCGUGUGGUUAACAAUUCCGAGUUCGGGAACUAAGUGUAUCUCCGAGGAAAUCCAAUCAAACGUCGUCGUUUUAGCUGAUUACUAUGUUAUUCCUGGUGAGGGUCAUCACCAUCUUCCUGGUAUUUCUGCCAAGGUAACGUCUCCUUAUGGAAAUAAUCUUCACCAGAAAGAAAAUGUGACACAAGGUCAGUUUGCAUUUACAACUGCGGAAGGUGGGAAUUAUGUGGCGUGCUUCUGGAUGGAUGGUCAUCAUCAAGAAGGUGUAUCUCUCGGCAUUGAAUGGAAAACUGGAAUUUCGGCCAAGGAUUGGGAAUCUGUUGCAAAGAAAGAAAAGAUUGAGGGUGUUGAACUUGAGCUGAUGAAACUUGAGGGAGCAGUGCAAGCUAUCCAUCAGUAUCUAAUUUAUUUGAAGGAUAAGGAAGCAAAUAUGAGGCAAGUUAGUGAAAGAACAAAUGCAAGAGUUGCUUGGUUUAGCAUCAUGUCUCUUGGUGUGUGCAUCAUGGCGGCGGCACUGCAGCUGUGGUACCUGAAGCGCUUCUUUCGGAAGAAGAAGCUCAUAUAGAUAUCUUAACUUUGUCAUGUUAUUGCUUUGUUAGGAGACUCUUGUCGUCCUUAACACAACUGUGUUCCUCCAUUUUAGAGAAUCUACCAGGACUAGGAUUUUUCCGGCUCUGUAUAGUGUCAUAACACUGGCAAGUGUUACGGCUGCUCUCGAUGACGGCUAGCCAGCCUGCCGGCUCAACCUGUCAACCAUGCAAAUACCCCUGAACCAAAUAUAUUGGCGAUCAUUGAAUGGCAGAUCUAUAUCAAUUCUAUGUCACUAAAUCUUUGAUCUGUCAUUACAUUUAAAGAUAUGGAUCAGGGUAGAUUUGACUGCCUAUUAAAAAGUUGCACUAGGAUCCAAUUUUCACCUCAGAGUGAGAUGUGGUUUAAGAA